AUGGAGAAUCAAACACUUAAGUUGAAAGUGACCAAGGCUCUGUGGGAAUUACCUGAUCAUGGUUGGGUGAAAAUCAAUACAGAUGGGGCAUCUAUGGGAAAUCCAGGUAGGAGCUCGAUUGGUUUUGUAUUGCGUGGUGAGGAAGGUGAUAUAAGGUAUGAAAGGGGAAAGGAGAUUCAGGAGACUACUAAUACUGAAGCAGAAGCAGCUGCUAUUCUGGAGGCCAUGAGGUAUUGUGUGCAUCAUGGUUACAUCAACAUCCUAGUGCAAACUGAUUCGAUGCUGAUGAAGAAUGUGAUAGAAGGAACUUGGGAUCCACCAUGGGCAGUGGCUGCAUAUCUGGAAGAAAUAAAUGAGCUGAUGAGAAGGAGCAAUACUAGAGUCACAUACAUAAUGAGAGAGGGCAAUAAGUUAGCUGAUUACCUAGCUAACUGUGCCCUUGAUAAUGGGGACUUUGAAGCAUAA